CGUUUAUAUUUUGACAUGACAGCUUGACACGAACUUCCGAGGACACGAAUGAAUUUAUUUAUGUACGUGUUAACGAAAUAUCGAUAAGGAAAGAGUGUUUAUUGUAAUGGUCGAGUGCUGAAGGCACUGAGGAUUUAAAGAACACAGAGUACAACAAAUUAAUAUUACGAAAUGGCAGAGGCCAACGAAAACGAGGAAAAUCCUCUGGACAUUGACGGGAGCCAUUUCAACUCUGAUAUGUAUUUGGAGCGCCUUCUAAAGUUUGCUAAUUUAAGGCAAAUAAUGGAUAAAGAAGCCGAAAUAGUUACACAGAGUCAGUUCCUUCAGUCGGAAAUGCAGACAUUAGUCUACGAGAAUUAUAACAAGUUUAUAUCGGCCACAGAAACUGUUCGCAAAAUGCGAUCAGAUUUUAAGAUUAUGCAGGAAGAAAUGAACAAGCUUAGCGAAAACAUGAACAAAAUAACAUCAUUUAGUGCACAAAUAUCCGAUUCUCUUAAAGAAAGUGGUAACAAUGUUAGUAGAUUAUGUGGUACACGCCAACUGUUGGAUAAACUUCAGUUUCUGUUCUUACUCCCGAGCCAGCUGAAUAAAGCGAUCGAGGAAGGUCGCUACUCGGACGCUGUCCACGACUACACGCAUGCUCAACGGGUUCUACAGAAAUAUGGAAACCAGCCAUCAUUCCAAAGCAUUCAAACAGAAUGUUCCGAAAUAAUUGAUGGACUGAAGAAAACUUUGAGGGACAGACUUUUGAGCCCCGAUACAACCGCGUCAGAGCUAGCAGAAAGCGUGGGAUUACUAAGACAACUGCAAGAAACUGAUUCCUCUCUUCAAGAUAUAUUUUUGAACUGUUCCGAAAGCCGGUUAGACCAGCAUUUGCAAGCUCUAAGUGGCAUGGUGGACAGUACAGACAUAUUGGAAUGGGUAGAACACUGUAACAACACUCUUUUAGCAGACCUGGGCAUAGUUAUAUCCUGCUACCAUGAAAUGUUUCAGGAAAAAGACAACACCAAUUUGCCUGAUUUUGCUGAUAAAGUCAUGACUCAAGUAUUCCAUCUGUUUGAAGAAGUUGUUAAAAGACCAGAGAAUAUUGGUACAGAAAUUCUCAUUAGAGGACUGGACAAAUUCUUUAGAAAACUGCAGGCAAUGACUGAGAUUAUACUGAGUGACAGUAUGUCUAACAAAGCUGUAGAGACUGUUGUUCAAUGCAUCAACCAUAAAGCUACCAUACAGUAUCAGUCUAUUCAAACCCAAUUCAAGGAGAGUCUCAUGAAGGUUAGGCAGUCACUUGCAAGCAAGGGCACAGAGAACCCUGACCUCAAAGAAAUUCUAAACUCCCUUCAGGUUUAUCUAAUGCAGAAAGUACAGGCUUCCCUACUAGAUUUAAUGGCAUUCCUACAAAAUAAUCUAUCUUUUGGGCUCAAGCCAUGGUGUGCUAAGGCCGUAGCUGAUAAUUGCUGGGUUAUAAUUUCAGAAUCAAUGGCAAACCUGUCUGAUACAGUUAAAAAAAUGGCUUGUCUCCAGUCCAAUAAUAACAUUCCAUUUGAGUUACUCCUGAUUUUAGCCAAACUUUGUUUAGAAAUGCAGGACAAUGGAGUGAGUACUUUGCAUACUCAUUUAUUGAAGCUGUUAGAGGAGUCUGCACCGGGGUUAACAGUUGAAAACAAAGAUACCAACAGUAUAAUGGUGCACCUGUCAACAGCCGCACAGACUGCGUUAGAUUCUGAAGUUGUUUAUAUAGGACAGACAGCUGCGCAGAUGUUGAGAGUGUCUGUACUAGCCCGAGACUGGCUGCGCGCCCCGGAGCCACGGGGCCCGCGCGCGGUGUGCAGGAGGGUGGUAGAGACACUUGCCAGUGCAGACAGUGCUGCUUCACAAUUAUUCCCGACUAACUUGAAGCAAUCUAGCGACUCCAGCCGUAGAACUAUUUGGUCGCGUGCUCCUUCAUCAUUCUCACCUAUAAAUAGGAUUUUCUCUGAGAGAAUUGAGGUGUUCAGUCCAGCGGGGGCUGACCGGGCCGCAUUGUCUAAUGGAGCCCUCAAAGUGGCUCUAAAAGCAUUAGUUGAGUGUGUAAGAUUGCGUACGUUCGGCCGCCAUGGUUUGCAGCAACUACAAGUGGAUAUACAUUUUCUACAGCAAAGGUUAUCUUGCAUGGGAAAUGAUGAAAGACUCUUGAAUGCUCUUUUAGAGGAUGCCUUGGCCUCCGCUCAGCUAAGAUGCGUGGAUCCUCAACUUAUGGAGCCUAGCAUUGUUGACAUCAUUUGUGAAAGAGGGUAGGAUGCGUAGGAUAAGGGCCCAUUUAGACAUUACGAGAACUCGCAUACAUGCAAAAUUUUAUGUAACCUCAACAGCCCGCAAUGUAACUAAAAUCGCAUGCGAGUUGGCACACCGUCUAAAUCAGGCCUAAGAGAAAAAGGUAUGGAAUUAGAUAUUAUUUAUUGUCAUAAACUACAAAUUAUAAACAUAUGUUGGUAUAAUUAUAUAUUCCAUUGAAAAUAAACACAUGAACUAUU